GGGAGGGGGCUACUCAACACAGCGAUGAGAACAUCGCUCAUAUUGCGCCUCUCUUACACCAUCGUGUAUUUAUCUCAGGCUUAUCGUUAAUUACCCUCAUUCACCCUCCAUCUCGGUCAGUGUUUCAGCACUGCAGCAUCGGUGCAUCUGCAUGUGAGCAGCAGGAGUGCCGCAGGACACCGUGCGUGAGACCCGCACCGCACCGUCACGCCACAGGACAUUCGUCAGUCUCCCACUCUCGAAUACAACCACAACAUGGGUCGGAGCUUCAGUCCUGACAUCUGAGGCCGGAACACGGGUCUCGACAACCGCAGUACCGGGACUGGCAGAUACCGUUUCGUGGACAUCAUCACGCCACAAUGUCAAAAAGCUCGGCAGAAAGUCAGAGCAGGGGCGGCUCCGUCCGAGACGUGAGGAUGGCCUCUUCCAACAAUACCUCACCCGAAGGAGGCUCUCCACCCCACCAGAACCGCAUCCGCCAGUCGGACAGUAACACCAGCUUCCUGAGGGCGGCCAGGGCAGGUAAUAUUGAAAAGGUGCUGGAGUUCCUCAAGAGCGGACAGGACAUUUCCACCUGCAACCAGAACGGACUCAAUGCGCUCCAUCUAGCAGCCAAAGAGGGUCACGUGGAGCUGGUGGAGGAACUUCUGGAGAGGGGUGCAACCGUGGAUUCUUCAACCAAGAAAGGGAACACAGCAUUGCACAUUGCUUGUUUGGCUGGGCAGAAAGAAGUUGCAAAGUUGUUGGUAAAAAGAGGAGCAGAUGUAAACUCGCAAUCACAGAAUGGCUUCACUCCACUUUAUAUGGCUGCUCAAGAGAAUCACCUGGAGGUUGUGCGAUAUCUUCUGGAGAAUGGUGGAAACCAGAGCAUGGCCACAGAGGAUGGCUUCACACCUUUGGCCAUUGCUCUGCAGCAGGGUCAUAAUCAGGUGGUCUCUCUGCUCCUGGAACACGACACAAAAGGUAAAGUCCGCCUGCCGGCGCUCCACAUCGCUGCCCGCAAGGAUGACACCAAGUCUGCUGCUUUGCUGCUUCAGAACGACCAUAAUGCUGAUGUCCAGUCUAAGAUGAUGGUCAACAGGACUACAGAGAGUGGCUUCACUCCUCUACAUAUUGCUGCUCACUACGGUAACGUUAAUGUGGCCACGCUGCUGCUCAACAGAGGGGCUGCUGUAGACUUCACAGCCAGGAAUGGCAUAACCCCUCUUCAUGUGGCCUCCAAACGAGGAAAUACAAACAUGAUUGCUCUGCUGUUGGACAGAGGGGCUCAGAUUGACGCCAAAACCAGGGAUGGACUAACACCACUGCACUGUGCAGCUAGAAGUGGACAUGACACUGCAGUGGAAAUACUGCUUGAAAAAGGAGCACCCAUACUAGCACGGACCAAGAAUGGCCUGUCCCCACUGCACAUGUCUGCUCAAGGUGAUCACGUUGAGUGUGUGAAACACCUGCUGCAACACAAGGCACCGGUGGAUGAUGUCACACUGGACUACCUGACCGCCCUUCAUGUUGCCGCCCACUGUGGUCACUACAGAGUCACGAAAUUACUGCUGGAUAAGAAAGCGAAUCCUAAUGCCAGAGCACUGAAUGGCUUCACUCCUCUGCAUAUUGCCUGUAAAAAGAACAGAGUGAAAGUCAUGGAACUGCUGGUUAAAUAUGGAGCCUCAAUUCAAGCUAUCACUGAGUCUGGCCUAACCCCAAUCCAUGUUGCAGCAUUUAUGGGGCACCUCAAUAUCGUUCUCCUGCUACUACAGAAUGGAGCCUCACCUGAUGUCUGUAAUAUUCGUGGCGAGACGGCAUUGCACAUGGCUGCAAGGGCAGGACAGAUGGAGGUGGUGCGAUGUUUGCUAAGGAACGGCGCUUUGGUGGAUGCAGUGGCCAGAGAGGACCAGACACCCCUUCACAUUGCAUCUCGCCUGGGUCAGACAGAGAUUGUGCAGUUAUUACUGCAGCACAUGGCUCACCCUGACGCGUCCACCACUAAUGGAUACACACCUCUGCACAUCUCCGCUCGUGAAGGUCAGAUGGAAACGGCUGCAGUGCUGCUGGAGGCCGGAGCAUCUCACUCACUCGCCACCAAGAAAGGCUUUACUCCUCUACAUGUUGCUGCUAAAUAUGGAAGUCUGGAUGUGGCAAAACUCCUCCUACAGCGGAGAGCAGUUCUUGAUGAUUCUGGAAAGUACGGUCUCACACCACUGCAUGUAGCUGCUCACUAUGAUAACCAGCAGGUGGCAAUGAUGCUCUUGGAUAAAGGAGCCUCACCUCACGCUACUGCUAAGAAUGGCUAUACACCUCUCCACAUCGCAGCAAAGAAGAACCAGACACAGAUCGCCUCUGCUCUGCUUCAGUAUGGAGCAGAGACCAAUGCACUGACCAAACAGGGAGUGAGUCCUUUACACCUGGCAUCUCAGGAGGGGCACACAGAGAUGGCCUCCCUGCUGCUGGAGAGGGGUGCACAUGUCAAUGCUGCCACCAAGAGUGGCCUUACACCUCUUCACCUCACUGCUCAGGAGGACAGAGUGCAAGCGGCUGAAAUACUGGUCAAACACGAUGCAAAUAUAGACCAGCAGACCAAAUUGGGCUACACCCCUCUUAUUGUUGCCUGUCAUUAUGGAAAUGUCAAAAUGGUUAAUUUCCUUUUGCAAAAUGGCGCAAAUGUCAAUGCAAAAACUAAGAACGGUUACACGCCACUUCAUCAAGCUGCCCAGCAGGGAAAUACACACAUUAUCAAUGUCCUGCUGCAACAUGGAGCCAAACCGAAUGCUGUCACCAUGAACGGAAACACAGCACUCUCUAUUGCUAAGCGUCUGGGGUACAUCUCAGUGGUGGACACUCUGAAAGUUGUUACUGAGGAAGUAAUCACAACGACUACCACUGUGACAGAGAAACACAAACUGAAUGUUCCAGAGACAAUGACAGAAGUUCUGGAUGUGUCUGAUGAGGAGGCCCAACAUCAGAUGGAGGAGGAGCUUUUUACAGAAGUCUCUAUGGAGAUCGAAGGUGAGGACACAAUGACAGGUGAUGGAGGGGAGUACCUGAGAGCAGAGGACCUGAGAGAGCUUGGUGAUGACUCUCUACCUGGACACUACCUGGAUGGCAUGAGCUACACCCACAACCUAGACCGGGGUGAAGGAAUGCUGAUUGAGGAUAUGAUCGCCAGCCACCAGAUUAAUAAGGUAUCUGCAUUCUCUCGCGAGCAUGAGAAGGACUCGUAUCGACUGAGCUGGGGUGCUGAACAUUUGGAUAAUGUGGUGCUAACUAGCACUCUUCUGCAGUCAGGCCGAUCUACCCCAUGCCUUGACCAUGACAACAGCAGCUUCCUGGUCAGUUUCAUGGUGGAUGCCCGUGGCGGAGCCAUGCGUGGCUGUCGUCACAAUGGACUACGCAUUAUUGUGCCACCUAGAAAGUGCUCAGCACCUACACGGGUCACAUGUCGUCUGGUGAAGAGACACCGAUUGGCCUCUAUGCCACCUAUGGUGGAGGGAGAGGGGCUCGCAGGCAAGAUCAUUGAAGUUGGACCCACCGGAGCCCAGUUUCUUGGUAAACUCCACCUCCCAACAGCCCCUCCUCCUCUUAAUGAGGGCGAAAGCCUUGUCAGCAGAAUUCUGCAGCUGGGUCCACCCGGCACCAAAUUCCUCGGGCCUGUGAUAGUGGAGAUCCCCCACUUUGCUGCAUUGCGUGGGACAGAGAGGGAGUUAGUGAUUCUGCGCAGCGAGACAGGAGAGAGCUGGAGAGAACAUCAUUGUGAGCAUACAGAAGAGGAGCUGAAUCAGAUACUCAAUGGCAUGGACGAGGAACUGGACACUCCUGAGGAGCUGGAGAAAAAGCGAAUCUGCCGCAUCAUCACACGGGAUUUCCCACAAUACUUUGCAGUGGUGUCCCGCAUUAAGCAGGACAGUCAUCUGAUCGGUCCAGAGGGUGGGGUGUUAAGCAGCACACUUGUUCCUCAGGUCCAGGCUGUGUUCCCAGAGGGAGCAUUGACUAAACGGAUACGUGUUGGGCUACAGGCCCAGCCCAUCGGUGAGGAUCUGGUGAGAAAGAUCCUUGGUAAUAAGGCUACAUUCAGCCCAAUUGUUACUUUGGAGCCCAGAAGACGCAAGUUUCACAAGCCCAUCACCAUGACUAUUCCUGUCCCUAAAAGCCCAACCAGUGACGGGACAAACAGUACACCCACUCUACGACUGCUCUGUAGCAUUACUGGUGGGACAACUCCAGCACAAUGGGAGGACAUAACUGGAUCCACACCGCUAACAUUCAUCAACCAGUGUGUUUCAUUUACCACUAAUGUAUCAGCAAGGUUUUGGCUUAUAGAUUGCCGUCAGAUCCAGGAGUCUGUGAACUUCUCCAGUCAGCUGUAUCGUGAGAUCAUCUGUGUUCCCUACAUGGCCAAGUUUGUCAUCUUUGCCAAGACACUGGACCCCAUAGAAGCACGACUCCGCUGCUUCUGUAUGACGGAUGAUAAGAUGGAUAAAACUCUGGAGCAGCAGGAGAACUUCACUGAAGUGGCUCGCAGUCGAGAUGUCGAGGUACUAGAGGGAAAACCAAUCUUUGCAGACUGCUUUGGAAAUUUGGUCCCACUGACCAAAAGUGGACAGCACCAUGUGUUCAGCUUCUAUGCCUUUAAGGAAAACCGUCUUUCUCUCUUUAUCAAAAUUCGUGACAGCACUCAAGAACCAUGUGGCAGGUUGUCUUUUACAAAAGAACCAAGAACAUAUCGCAGUCUAAACCACAAUGCAAUAUGCAACCUGAACAUCUGCCUACCUGUCUACUCAAAGGAAUCUGAUUCUGAUCAAGAUGCAGAUGAGGAGAGUGAGAAGACACACGAUAAAUAUUAUGAUGGAUCUGAGUCAACAGAGCUUUCCAUGCUGCAAAUCAUACAUGAUCCUGCCACACUCGCAAGUCCCGAUCUGCUUUCAGAGGUGUCUGAUAUGAAGCAGGACCUGAUUAAAGUGUCAGUCCUUCUGACCUCUGAAAAGUUGGAAAGAUCGUGCUCCUCUGAUCCUGGAGAGCGAUCAGACAAGGCUGGGGAUGAGGACGUGGAUGAGCCAUUUGAAAUUGUUGAAAAAGUGAAAGAGGACUUAGAGAAGGUAGAAGGGAUCCUUCGUGAUGGAACAAUGGAUGAUACAAAGAGGGAAGGUGCUAUUGGGAGAUCUGUAACCAUUGAUGAUGAGGAGUGGGUACUUCUCAGUGAGACAGAUGUUGAGGAAUCCAACAUCAAAAAAAGCACUGAAAUCCAAGAGGCACUCAUUCAGGAAGUUCGAAUCACAAGAGACACUGUAUCCCAUUCUUCUCCUAAGAGGGAUAUUUCAGAUAUGGUUUCAUUUCUCAGCAGUGACUUAGAACAGUGCCUGCAGGAGACACCUGUACCAUUUAGUGAUUCACAAGAUGUGGAUAGCGUCCAAGAAACCUUUACAGAGGUUGUUGUGAAACGUGGUAAACACCGUCCAGCAGAAAUCAAAAAGCCGGCAAGGAAAAAGCGUAAAGAGCGGGAGUUUGCAAGUGGCAGUUCAGAGGAUGACUUGGAAAGGAUGAGUAGGAGUCAGUCUGAGGAGUCUCUUGAUGAAGAUGCGGUUAUUGGUGGAUCUGAAUCUGUCUUUGGACCCCUUCCUGUGUCUCCUAGAGUUGUGGAAACUCCAAUUGGAUCCAUUAAGGACAGGGUUAAGGCACUGCAGAAGAAGGUCGAAGAAGAGAAUGAGGUGGACAGUCAAAAGUGGAAAUCCCAAAAAGUGACUACGUCCCAGAGUAAGUCAUAUGUACAGAUAUCAGAAAUCGAAAAAUCAGCCAAGCUUCCUCCAAAAUCCCCCAGAUCCCCAAAGUCGCAGACAGAAAGGCUAGAGGAAACUAUGUCUGUAAGAGAGCUGAUGAAGGCAUUUCAGACUGGCCAGGAUCCAUCGAAAAGCAAGUCUGGACUUUUUGAACAUAAAGCAAUUACAACUGUAACCUCUGAAUCAGCAUGUUUUGAUGAGGUUCCCUCAAUGGUAACAACUCAGCGUUUACAAGAAAGACCAGUUACAACUGUAGCCUCUGAAAUGUCAAGUUCUAAUGUGGUGCAUAUUCCCCUAACAUUUGAUAACCAAAUUACAGAGCCAACCCAACAUUUACAAGAAAGAGCCAUUAAAACUGUAACUUCUGAAGGAAGUUCUGAUGUGAUGCAGGUUUCUCCAAUAUAUGAUAACCAAAUUACUGAAUCAACCCAGCAUUUCCGAGAAAGGGUAAUUACAUCUGAAACCUCUGAAGCAAGUUCUGAUGUGAUGCAGGUUCCUCCAACAUAUGAGAGUCAAAUCAGCAUAACAUCCCAACAUUUACAAGACAGAGCAAUUACAACUCUAACCUCUGAAACAAGUUCUGACGUGAUGCAGGUUCCUCCAACAUAUGAUAACCAAAUCACAGAAUCAACCCAGCAUUUCCGAGAAAGGAUAAUUACAUCUGAAACCUCUGAAUCAAGUUCUGAUGUGAUGCAGGUUUCUCCAACAUAUGAGAGUCAAAUCAGCAUAACAUCCCAACAUUUACAAGACAGAGCAAUUACAACUGUAACCUCUGAAACAAGUUCUGAUGUGAUGCAGGCUCCUCCAACAUGUGAUAACCAAAUUACAGAAUCGACCCAGCAUUUCCCAGAAAGAGCAAUUACAACUGUAACCUCUGAAACAAGUUCUGAUGUGAUGCAGGUUUCUCCAACAUAUGAGAGUCAAAUCAGAAUAACAUCACAAUAUUUACAAGACAGAGCAAUUACAACUGUAACCUCUGAAACAAGUUCUGAUGUGAUGCAGGUUCCUCCAACAUAUGAGAGUCCAAUCAGCAUAACAUCCCAACAUUUACAAGACAGAGCAAUUACAACUGUAACCUCUGAAACAAGUUCUGAUGUGAUGCAGGUUCCUCCAACAUAUGAUAACCAAAUUACAGAAUCAACCCAGCAUUUCCCAGAAAGAGCAAUUACAACUGUAACCUCUGAAACAAGUUCUGAUGUGAUGCAGGUUUCUCCAACACAUGAGAGUCCAAUCAGCAUAACAUCCCAACAUUUACAAGACAGAGCAAUUACAACUGUAACCUCUGAAACAAGUUCUGAUGUGAUGCAGGUUCCUCCAACAUAUGAUAACCAAAUUACAGAAUCAACCCAGCAUUUCCCAGAAAGAGCAAUUACAACUGUAACCUCUGAAACAAGUUCUGAUGGGAUGCAGGUUUCUCCAACAUAUGAGAGUCAAAUCAGCAUAACAUCACAAUAUUUACAAGACAGAGCAAUUACAGCUGUAACCUCUGAAACAAGUUCUGAUGUGAUGCAGGUUCCUCUAACAUAUGAUAACCAAAUUACAGAAUCAGCCCAGCAUUUCCGAGAAAGGGUAAUUACAUCUGAAACCUCUGAAGCAAGUUCUGAUGGGAUGCAGGUUUCUCCAACACAUGAGAGUCACAUCAGCAUAACAUCCCAACAUUUACAAGACAGAGCAAUUACAACUCUAACCUCUGAAACAAGUUCUGACGUGAUGCAAGUUCCUCCAACAUAUGAUAACCAAAUUACAGAAUUGACCCAGCAUUUCCCAGAAAGAGCAAUUACAACUGUAACCUCUGAAACAAGUUCUGAUGUGAUGCAGGUUUCUCCAACAUAUGAGAGUCAAAUCAGCAUAACAUCCCAACAUUUUCAAGACAGAGCAAUUACAACUGUAACCUCUGAAACAAGUUCUGAUGUGAUCCAAGUUCCUCCAAUAUAUGAUAACCAAAAUACAGAAUUGACCCAGCAUUUCCCAGAAAGAGCAAUUACAACUGUAACCUCUGAAACAAGUUCUGAUGUGAUGCAGGUUUCUCCAACAUAUGAGAGUCAAAUCAGCAUAACAUCCCAACAUUUUCAAGACAGAGCAAUUACAACUGUAACCUCUGAAACAAGUUCUGAUGUGAUCCAGGUUCCUCCAAUAUAUGAUAACCAAAUUACAGAAUUGACCCAGCAUUUCCCAGAAAGAGCAAUUACAACAGUAACCUCUGAAACAAGUUCUGAUGUGAUGCAGGUUUCUCCAACAUAUGAGAGUCAAAUCAGCAUAACAUCCCAACAUUUUCAAGACAGAGCAAUUACAACUGUAACCUCUGAAACAAGUUCUGAUGUGAUGCAGGUUCCUCCAACAUAUGAUAACCAAAUUACAGAAUUGACCCAGCAUUUCCCAGAAAGAGCAAUUACAACUGUAACCUCUGAAACAAGUUCUGAUGUGAUGCAGGUUCCUCCAACAUAUGAUAACCAAAUUACAGAAUCAACCCGGCAUUUCCCAGAAAGAGCAAUUUCAACUGUAACCUCUGAAACAAGUUCUGAUGUGAUGCAGGUUCCUCCAACAUAUGAGAGUCAAAUCAGCAUAACAUCCCAACAUUUUCAAGACAGAACAAUUACAACUGUAACCUCUGAAACAAGUUCUGAUGUGAUGCAGGUUUCUCCAACAUAUGAGAGUCAAAUCAGCAUAACAUCCCAACAUUUUCAAGACAGAGCAAUUACAACUGUAACCUCUGAAACAAGUUCUGAUGUGAUGCAGGUUCCUCCAACAUAUGAUAACCAAAUUACAGAAUUAACCCAGCAUUUCCCAGAAAGAGCAAUUACAACUGUAACCUCUGAAACAAGUUCUGAUGUGAUGCAGGUUUCUCCAACAUAUGAGAGUCAAAUCAGCAUAACAUCCCAACAUUUUCAAGACAGAGCAAUUACAACUGUAACCUCUGAAACAAGUUCUGAUGUGAUGCAGGUUCCUCCAACAUAUGAUAACCAAAUUACAGAAUUGACCCAGCAUUUCCCAGAAAGAGCAAUUACAACUGUAACCUCUGAAACAAGUUCUGAUGUGAUGCAGGUUUCUCCAACAUAUGAGAGUCAAAUCAGCAUAACAUCCCAACAUUUACAAGACAGAGCAGUUACAGCUAUCCAAAUCAAAGGUGAUCAAGCUGUAACUUCCAGCAUUAUCUUUAACUUUGAAGAGGAAAGGCCUGAAGAAGACCUGCUCUCUAAACAUAUAUCAAAUGACCAAAAUGGAAAACCAUCUCAGGAACGAGGUAGAUUUGAUACUGAGCAACAACAGAUAUGUUCUGAACUGUUAGGCAACGAAGACCCAGGGUUGACACCUGAGAGAACAUAUUAUGAAGAUUACCAGAACAGGAGAUUGUCUGUGGAACCUCAGAUCAGCCCAGACCGGAAACCAUCAGAGGAUUUCAGUGCAGAUAUUAAGGCAGAACUUGAGGACAAUCCUAAAUAUCAGCUCUAUAGGCGAACUUCAGGUGAAACAAGUAAACAUUAUUUCAUGUAUAAUGAUGGCCUUCCUUUGGAAGAUGAGGAGCAGGUACACCAGGCAGAAGUGGAUCCAAGUAAAUCAAACAUAAUCACAGCAUUUGCUACUGCAAUGGUGCAAGGUGAGCCCUUGUGUCAAAGUGAAAUACAUGAUGGAGCAUUGGAAGAAAGUCCUGAUAGUGACAAACAUGAGGCAUUGGCAGACUCUCCUGGCAAUAGUGACAUAGGGACAAGGACUCCUCACUCCAGCACAGGUGACAGUGAGAAACAUGAGGGACUUGCUGAAACCCCUCAAAAUAGUCCUGAAGUCCUUGUUUUUUCUACCAGGACGACUAGUAAAGAAACAGAAGAUACAUAUCCAGGGGAUCAGGAGACAACUCACCAAUCAAGUUUGGUGACGUCACAUGAAAAAGUGGAGAGUGACGAGAGUGAAUCAUGUUCAGUAACUUCCAUAAAAAGCAAGACUGAAUCACCUUAUGAUUCUAAGAUUGAAUCAUCUUCCUUAUUUCCUAAAAUUGAGUCACCAUCCAGUGAUGAUUCUAAGAUGGAUUCACCCUCUCCAUCCACCAAAACUGAGUCACCCUCCUCUGAUAAUUCAAAGACAAUAAUUCAUGAUAUGAAAAGUGAUUUAACCUAUACAGAUAGUAUUUCGCUGAUAAAAUCAGAUGUAAUUACUGAGCAUGAGAAGAUACCACAAUAUAGCCACCACAGUGAAGAUGCACCAGAGAGACCUUCUAGUUUGGAUUCUCUGCAGCCUGAAACCAUGAGUGACUCUAAAAUGCUCUGUAGAAAAGACUCGCUUGAAACUACUCCCACGAGAGAAGAUGGAUCAUCCCAAAAAUCACCAGACUCUAUUGAGCCAAGCCCAACCAAGGAGUCUCCAUGUCAAGACUCUUUAGAGGGCAGUCCCACUGGUCAAGAAUCUGGUCAACUGAGUUACACUGAAAGGGUCUUCUCAACAAGUCAGACUUUCAUUUCUGACUCCAGGGAAAAAGGAAUAGUUUCUAAACAAAACAUUUAUUUAGAAAGUGAGUCAUCCCAAGGGUCCCAUGAGACCUUAGAUACGCAGCGCAUGACCCUCGAGCAAAAAGAAAAGAUGUUUGAAAGUGGAGAUCUUCAUGACUUUGAUGCUUUACAAAGGCAGUUCACUCCAGAAGAAGAGAUGUUUAAAAUGGCUGCAAAAAUCAAAACAUUUGAUGAAAUGGAAAAGGAUGCAAAAGUUAAAAAGGUAAAAUUUGAUUUUGAUUGUGUUUCUAUACAACCAAAAGAAGAAGUGCUGUCACCACAUGAAAGUUCACUAGACUUUAACACAAUAUUAACCGAGAGCCCUGCUGAAUCUGCCCCAGUAUUACCCUUACAUUCUUCAUUGUCAGAAGAUGAUUAUGACAGCCCUGAGUUGGAGGAAUCAACUCACAAGGUCUCAGGAGAAGCCACUGAGGUUUUAGAGUCCACAGACAAAAUGGAGGAGGAAGAAACCCAUUUACCGACAUGCAUAGACAUGCCAUCUAUGCAAACACAUGUUAAGAACAAGGAGGAAGACUAUGAACAGUUACCUUCAGAGUACCAUAGUAUAGAGUUUGGUGAGACUACAACUGAGGAACAUCUCAUUGUUACUUCAGCAGAGAGCAAAAUGGGCAUUGCGAUUGACGGUGAUGUUGAUUCCAAGUCUGAUUCUGAUGAGAGCACAACUUCUGAAAAAGUGCUUGAACCAGUUUCUUCCAUCGACAUUGUAGGUAUUACCACUGCUACAAAUGAAGGUCAGGAUGAAUCCCAGCCAGAUGUAUGUAUUCAUCAAAAGGACAAUGAAGAGGAGCCAGAAGAAUUCCCAGUAUCUAUUCCGAGAGACUUGGUUCCCUGGAGUGCUGAAGUGGAUGACGACGAGGCAUUCAAUGCAAAAAUUGAAGCUGAGGAACAGAAAAUACUUGCUCUGUGUGCAGACAGACGUUCCCAUGGAACCACACCCGACACAACUCCAGGACGCACCCCUACCGAAGAGGGGACACCAAAUCCUUUCCUGUUCCAAGAGGGAAAACUAUUUGAGAUGACCAGAGGUGGUGCUAUUGACAUGACCAAAAGGACCAUGGAGGAAGAAGAAGAAAGGUUCUUUUUUCCGAUAAAUGAAGAUUCAAGUGAAGAAUUUGAACAAGUCGAUUUCAGUGCUAGUGAAUCUGUUGCAGUAGCUUCAUUAGAGAUGCCUACUGAUGGUUUAGUGCAUCAAGACAGAGUUGCUGAGGAAGAUGAGGCAAAGUCUGAUGGCUUUAGUAAAACUGGUACCAAGAGUGUACUGGAACCAGAACAUCCAGAGCGGAAUGAUUUUCCUAUCCAAAGUGAACCAAAGAGUCCCACAGAGGAUAAUGGAAUCUGUGAAGACACACUGAUACCGAAUGUUGACACAGCCACUUAUACAGUAACACGAACGGUUUAUUCCGAACAAGACCCAGAAUCCUCUGACUCUUCGGUGGAAGAUGAACAGCAUUCUGUUGUCGAAAUGCCCAUAUCCACCCAAGCAUCUACAGUUUCCUCUAGUGCCUCAGUUUAUACUGUUAGUCAACAGCAAUUCCAGACAUCACCUUCAAUCUACACUCCAUCCAAGGACAUUGUUUUUGAAAUUGAGGACACAACAUCUAAACCAAAAAUAGCUGUGAAAGCAGCCAGCUUUGACCAAAUUUUAGAACAAGGGGACUCCAUUGAACAGAAUCAAAGGCCCAAAUCUGAAGCAGAUAUUGGUGACUCAGAAUGGUCCAUGUCUGUUGUGGAAAUUCACACUACAAUAGACAGCAGCUACACCAAACCAAAGACUUCAUCCUCCCAGAUGCCUGUUUCACCAACACAGUCUCCUGACCUAGAGUAUGUUGUGUCCAGUCAACCUGAACUUCCUCCCGAGUUCUCUCAGGAUUUGGACUCUUCGAGGAGCACAGAGUGUGAUGAAACCAAAGGAGACAGUGCCUCUGUUGAGUUAGGGACAGAAAGUAGUUCAAAAGCAAAUCGACCCCCGUCCAUAGGCGAUGAUGUCUUUGAGUCAAGGCCCAACUGGGAAGAUUGUGUGGAGACACAGAUGCAGAGAAUCUCAGACAGCACUACCCCAGACCAAAGUAAAGUGGACUGGCAUGAUGAUGCAGAUAGGAAAGAAGAGACUCUGGCCAUCAUUGCUGACCUUUUAGGUUUUAGUUGGACAGAGCUGGCCAAAGAGCUGGAGUUCAAUGAAGAUGAGAUUCAGCAAGUGCGUGCUGAAAAUCCAAAUUCACUGCAAGAGCAGAGUCAUGCUCUUUUACAGCGCUGGGUAGAUAGAGAAGGAAAGCAUGCAACUGAAGAUACAUUGAUUAAAAGACUGACUAAAAUAAAUCGCAUGGACAUUGUCCAUCUUAUUGAGAUUCAAAUGCACAAGUCAGUUCAGGAGCAAACCUCAAGAACAUAUGCAGAGAUUGAAAGGACUCUGGACCACAGUGAAGCUCUCUCCUCGGUCCAAGAAGAUGGUGACAGUCUUCGUGUGGUGCGGAGAGUGGAGACUUCACAAAGGCAUCCUCCAGCUGUUUCAGAAGAAGACUUAUCUGUGGCCUCUCUCCUUGACAUUCCAUCAUGGGCUGAAACAAUGGGAAAUGCCCAUUCAGAGAGCAUUCAUGGAGAUAUGAUGGAAGAACUGGAGAUCAACCAGGACAGCUUCACCAAUCCAUGGCUGUUUCAAGAGUUCAAAAAAGAAUCUACAAAGGAAGCUGCAGAUGAAGAUGUUUCUGCAGAAUCUGAGGAGGAAAUUCAAGCUCAGUGUGACGUAUCAGAUGAUGAAAAUGCUUGUCUCUCUUCAUCACCAAUCAUUUUAAAGAGUCAGUCAGAAUUCCACCAACAAUCAGCAAAGGCAUCUCAAAAUGUCUUUGAUUUCAGUCAGCUAUCUAUUGCAAGACUUUCAUCAAGUGAAAAUUCAGUUGUUUUACCAACAGUUGAACCUGAACACACAGUACCCGACCUACUGCAACACACCUCACCAGUGAGUCAAGAAGAAGAAGAAACUCAACUCCAAGAACAAAAGUGUCAAGAUGAAAGUUCUGUGUGUCUUGAUCAACUGUCACCUGUAUAUGAAAAAAGUGAUUUAGAAAGCAAUGAAAAAUCAUUAGAGGCACAUUUCGUUGAAUCUGAUGAAACUUCAGACACCAUGCAGUCUUCUUCAUGUCAUGAAGACAAACCAUCUGAAGUUGGUAUUUUGGUUCCUGAGAGCAAUCAAACAAUUGACCAAAAUAUUAGUCCUUUAUUUUCCCCUUAUUCUCUUCUAAGAGAGGCUAAUGAAGCUGUCUCACAAAGUGUUGAAGUGAACCCAGGGGUUUCAAGAGUGACUCCAGACCUCAUUAAGGACUCUCCAGAAUCAGAUCAGGUAUUUCCUACUUCAGAAAUACAUAGUGAUUUGGAUCCAAUGCCAUCAUUGCAAAGCCACAGAGUAGUAGAGCAACUUGAAGAAGUUGUUGAAACCUCUCCUCCUGCAUCACUGCAGUCGUCUACCCAUCAUGAGCUCACAAUUUUAAAUCAAGAACAAUGUAGUACCAACAGCACCCUACAGCAACCUUCAGAGCCUGAAGCUGAUCCUAGGAUAGACCAACAAACUGAUUCCCAACAACAUCUGCAACUAUUAGAAUCUCCAGAGCAAAUACCAGAAACCUUAGGAGAUCAUUGUGAUGAUCAGGAAGAUGAAUAUUGUCCUGAGGAGGAAGAAGUACGUACACAGCUGGAUAUAACUACUGAACCUCUCAUAGAUGACAGUCAUGACUUCAAGAAAGAACUACUCUCCCCAUCUGAGAAUGACCCAGACAUGUGGAUUCAAAGUGAAACUGCACAGCGGAGUGCAACUUCAUCUCUCUGUAACUCUGACGUCAGUCCACAAACACCAGAAACAGUCAUAUCUUAUCAACAUUUUGACUUCAGGGAGACGACUUCUGAACUUGGAUCAGCAACGAUUAAGAAAACUGUUUCACAGGAGGCAGCGGUAUCCAAAGGUUUAAGACGACUGCAUUCUGAAUCAAUCUCUAGUGCAGCCCAAAAGUCAGAAGAAAAGCUUAUUGACCGGUGUCUCUCAGAGUCCUCUGAACCCUUGAUGCUCACUUUGAACAUGAAUUCAGCACCUAAGGAACCUGUUUCCCAGGAGGCAGUACUAACUCUGCCACUCGCUCAGGAUGGCAGUGGCAAGGCCUUAACUUCCAAAGAUUCUAGACGGUUACUGUCGGACUCAGUUAUUUCUGGUGCAACAUCCCUAAAAUCAAAGGAAAAACAUGGUGCCCGUUGUCUCUCUGACUCUUCUAAACAUUUGGUAUUCAGCUCGAAUUCAGUGCUUGAGGAACUGAAGAAAACAGUUCAUCCAGAACAGCCAUUAGCUGAUCAACCACUGAGCUCCGAAACAUUAAUUCUUGAUGUAUCCCAAGACACAUUCACAGGGGAACUACAAUCAACUGUUGAAAAAACAUCAACUGAGUCACCUACAUCUCAAAUUUAUCUGAGUGAAAAUGUGGAAUUGGACGUCCCAGAUGUGCCGAAAUCUGCCAAAGUUGAAAAACCAAAACACAAAGAAUUACUAAGCAUUUAUCAGCAACAUGAUGACUCUGAUCUUGAGACUUUUUUUGACUGCAAACAGACCGUCUCAGACUAUUCUGAAGCAGAAGAAGAUGAACCUUGGAAAGGCGCCAUGGCACUGAGUAAUAAAGUCUUAAGGUCUACUGUUCAUGAAUUACAGCAACAUCCAAAUGUCAGAAGUCCGCCAGCAUAUGUGCUAUCCCGUGAGAGCCCUCGUUGGUCAAUCAAGUCAUCCGACAGUGAAGAUUUCGAUGAUGCUCCCAUCAUCCACGAACCCAAUGAUGAUGCAGAGGACAAAGAUGUUUACUUUUCAUGUCAGCAGAAAAGUUUGGAAUCAUCUGCACAAACUCUUCAGGAGCUUCCUCCUCGAGGAGGGGCUGAGUAUAAUGAUGAUGAUGAUAAUGAUGAUGAUGAUCUGAGGAGGGAGAUUGAUGAGGCAUUAGGUGUGCUGUCGGAUAGCUCUGAUGAGGAAGUGCUGACCACCAGAGUGGUGCGAAGGAGAGUAAUUAUUCAGGGUGAUGAUGUUCCAGAUGUUCCUCCACAGUCGGUAACAGAAGAGCAGUACACAGAUGCACAGGGAAACUUGGUUGUUAAGAAGGUAACCAGGAAGGUCAUUCGCCGAUGUGUGUCAUCUGAUGGGGUGGAGACAGAGCAGGUGAGGAUGGAGGGCUCUCCCCAGCAGCCUGUCAGUGUGGCACGGGGAGACGGAUACUCAAAAAUAACAAAAAGGACAGUACUGAAGAGCGAAGGACAUCAGACAGAGGUGACUUUCCAUGAGCAAGAUGGCAUGUCAUCUUCAAAGGGUGAACCUGCUCUAGGUCAAGAGGUCAGACAGGUGGUCCAGACAACAAUGGUACAUGGAGAACAGCUGGAAAAACAUGAAGGGGAUCCUUUUCUUGCCUCAGACCUGCCCUCAGCCAGGGAUGACUUCACCCAGGCUCUAAGCUACUUUGGAGGUUUUAGGAAGGUGCAGAUACCUCAAGUUUUAGAGCAGAAAAUUCUGCAGCCUGAUGGAUCAGUGAUCAGGAGGUUUGAGAGACAGGCAUGGCGUUUGUGUGCAAAUUAAUGUGAAAGUGUGUGUAAGGGGGGCAAGUAGAAAGAAAAAAAACUGUAUCUACACUAUGUUCAAAAGUGUGGGUUCAGUAUGUUUUUGAAGUCUGUUAUGCUCACCAAGGCUACAUUUAUUUGAUCAAAAAUACAGUAAAAAUAGAAAUAUUGUGAAAUAUUAUUGCAGUUUAAAAUAACUGUUAUAUAUUUUAAUGUAUUUUAAACUGUGAUGGCAAAGUUGAAUUUUUAGCAGUCAUUACUUCAGUCUUCAAUGUCAUGUGAUCCUUCAGAAAUCCAUCUAAUAUGCUAAUUUGGUGCUUAAGAAACAUUUAUUAUUAUUAUCAAUGCUGCAAUGGUUAAAAACAUGUAAUCAUUUUUUGAAAA